GAUGAGAGAUUUGAGGAGGAGCAAUUAUCUAUCAGUUAGUAAUGGCGUUAUCAGAUUUUCAGUUCUUGGUCUCUUCACGACCUCCAAAGCAGUUAUUUCGACUGAAUCCCAGCCGCCGACGAUUCUUCUCUUCUGUUUCCUACUCGUGUGCUGCUGCUGCUGCGAUUUCACCUACUGAUGAUGAUGAAGAACCACAAGAACGGAAUGUUGUACACUCAAUUCAAUUAAGCAAGAGGAACCUCUAUCUCGCCGCUGCUGCAAUUUUCUCCUCCGUUUCCGUCUCUGAAUUCUCCAAGGCAAUGGCUCAAGAUUUUGACCUUCAAAGAUACACUGAUUCCACACAAGGCUUCACUAUCCUAAAACCUUCUUCAUGGAUUCAGGUCGAAAAGGCAGGAGCGACUGCUCUCUUCGAGGAGCCAAAUCAAGGCUCAAACAACAUUGGAAUUGUGGUCAAUCCGGUUCGUAUAACAAGACUUGAAGAUUUUGGAUCUCCAGAAUUUGUAGCAGAUAAGCUCAUUCAAGCUGAAAAAAGAAAGGAAAGUACGAAAGAUGCUCAAGUAAUUGCUUAUUCUGAGAGAUCAGGAAUGGAAGAUAUAAAAGUAUACGAGUUUGAAUACAAACUUGACAGCACAAGAGGUGGAAUGAAGAGAAUAUUUUCAGCAGCAUUUGUUUCAUCCAAGAAGCUUCAUCUCCUAAACAUUUCUCAUUCUGACAAACCAGAAUCACCAUUAGAUGCAUAUACAAGAUCACUCUUGGAACAAGUUCUUCAUUCCUUCAAUCCCACAUGAGGUAUGUAUGCUAUAUAUAUAUAUAUAUAAAUCGAGUCUUUAUUUUACUUUUACAUACAUCUAGGAUUGAUUCAAUUCGCUACAUCGAGCUCGAAAGCAGUCGUUGAAUGGCUUUGAAAUGGUUGGAAUUGUGAUUUCAAUUCUCCCCAUUCUCUCAACCAUAGACUAUAACUUGAAUUUGCUUGCACCACAUCUAUGGACACCUCUUUCCUCACCACCAUUCCCAUUGCAUAAUUUUCAAAUUCAUUUAGAUUCUCCCACAACCUGUAAAGCUUACUCUUGUCGCUCUCGUUCCUAAUACAGUACACCCAUUUAAUCGCUUCCUCCACUUUCGCCCAGAAACAACUGUCUUGUGUUAAGCUAGCAAAUGUACUCCUCUCAUACUUCCUUAUCUCUCCAUCGUUUAAAUCAUUCCACCACUUGUCCAAGAUCAAGUACCUUCUUUCCCUUCCAUACUGAAGAUAGUUCCCGUUUACACGAUGCUCCCCACUUCGAUAAUACUCAGCUAUGUCUAACGGUUCCACCAGAAGUUUGUAGAACAGAGACGCCAUUACGUAUUUUCCUCUCUUGUGAAUGUCAUAAGGAAGUUUAUUAUUCUCCACCAUCUUAAUCACAUUGUCCCAGAAUGCCCCUAGCCUUAGUCGACACAUGUUGAUUUUCAUUUCUUUUUUCGAGUCCCCUCUUCGCUUGAAGGUGUCGUAAUACCCGAGCUUCUCGCCCUUCUUGUCGCAUAUUUCUUUAUACCAUUGUAUCUGGGCUCUCAAUGGCGUGAUUUCUGCCAAUUUAUUACUUAACUUUGCCAUGUUCAUGUUUGGAGCCCGGCCUAGUGUCCUUGCUGUCCUCAAGCAAUCUUUCGCUUCUUCAAAGCACAAUUCCUGCACCAACCCGUUUUUAUUUAAUUUCACCAUACAGUUACAACAUUAGAAAGAAAAAAAAACAGAGGUUUUAAUUUGAAACCAAUUACCUGAUUUGAGAUUUCUGAGGAUUGAAGAGCCAAUAUGAUGCCGGUUUCAUAGCUGGACUUCCCCUCUUCUAUGAAACGAUCUUCCCUUCUCAAGAACUGAAAUGAAAGUUUCCCUAUAUAGUCCCCAUAAUUGAGAUGGUCCUGGUCGUGGUCGAGGUUGUGAUCUACUGUCUUGACCAUCAAAUGUAUCAUCUUGACGACAGAGGUGGCAUUUUCUAAGAAGAUGGCACCUUGUCUAGAACAAAACAUGUAGCCUCCAAAAGGCCAUAAUGAAAAAUGGAUCUGGCUGCUAAUUAAGGUCGUAAGGACAUUAAUGUCUUGUUUGGCUACCACAUGACAGAAGUUGCCUCCCCAUCUUUGUUCUAGGAUGGCGCGGGAGAGUGUCUCGUUUCCUAGAAAAGGCGAGCCGAAUGUAACACAAAGGACAGACAUAUUGGAUUUUGUGGUUUGGAGGGAAGAGAGGAACCAAAGGGCCGAGAGAGAGGCCAAUACUCCUCCAAUGGAGUGCCCUGUGAACACUAUUGACUUGCUUUUCUUCAGAAUUUCACCUAUCUGCAAAUCAACAUUAUUAUUAUGUUACUUUCUUAAUCAAACAAGACCUU